AUGCAGAGAGUAGCUGCUGUAAUACCGACCUGCCGAAUCGGAGAGGUCACGUGCCGUGUCUAAGUAGGAUUCAAUCGUACGCAACGGCUUGCAACGAUAAGCAGAAAUGUUGAAUUGUACGUCGAUUCAACGCGAAGGUCAAUGUCAAAAUUUAAACGAUUUUACGGAAGAAGUUCAUCAAGAUAUUAUGAAUAUUACUUCUGCCUUAGGUUGGACAGUAGAGAGUAUAGAAACUGACAAUGAUAAUCGUUUAGUAUGUCCAUAUAAUUCGUCUCAUCGAAUUGGGAAAGAAAUGCUUGACCAGCAUUUAGAGUUUUGCCAGUGGAAGGAAGAGGGUUAUGCUGAAUUCGAUGUACCAUUGUCCGAACCAAUGUUACCUUUAAGCUCUCCUUUCUCCAUGAAGCUAGAUGCAUCGCUACAAAAUAGUAUUUUACAAGAAGCAAAGGAAAAGGACCCAACCAUGAAAGUUGGUUCGGGUGAGCGAUUAAUUCCAAGAACAUCUGAUAGAAUCUUCACAGAUUUCACUAGCGACGAGAAGAAAGUAUUAUAUGAAUAUGUUGUUUCUAAUACAGUUAAAAUAGACAUUGGACACGAUAUUACCGACGAUCGCAAUCUAAAAUCUGAUGAUAAGGAGGAUAGGAAGUUAUCUUUCUUAGAGUUACUCGUACAAGAACGUAAUUUAAAAAGACGUAGAGCUAAACAUAGAGGUGUUCAUACAAAUAAAAAAUCAAAUACAGAAAUUCUUCGAGAGGUCAUAAAUCAGCAAAUGGAGUUAUACACCCAAGUACCAGAAGUGCAUGCAACUUGUGGUACUAAAACUGUAGAUAUUGUAAACGUUCCAAGAUCGAAUCGACAUCCUGAUGAAGCAAUACUAGAUUCAUCCCUAUCAUUUAACGAAUCUCCGUCAAAGUAUCGUCAUUUUCAAGAUUCAGAGGAUUAUCAUGGAAAUUCUAAUUCUCGAUAUAAUCACACAUACGAGCGUACUGAAGCAACGUACGCUUCUUGCUCCAAAGAUCGAGAAAAACGAGAAAGAUGUUCACGAACUACAACAGAAUCGUGGAAAGCGAAAAAACACCACAAACGACGAAGAUCUCAUUCGAGAGAACAAAGUUAUAACAGAGGCAAUAUAAAAUCUCGUAAAACUGAAAAAUCAAUUAACGGCGCCAGUUACUUUAGACGAAAUCAUUAGAACAAUCGUGAAAUACUAAUAUGCAUGUCAAAUAAUUAUUAAGAACUAUGUACAAAUAAGAUUAAUAUGAUGUAUC